AUGUCCGAGACUGCUGCUCCCGCUGUCCCCGUUGAGGAGACCAAGCCUGUCGAGACCCCCGCCGUCGAGGCCACGCCUGCACCCGAGCCUGCCGCUGAGGUUCCCGCUGCUGAGGCCCCGAAGGAAGAGGCUAAGGAGGAGGCUGCCCCCGCUGCAGAAGCGCCUGCCGCUGAGGCCGCUGCCGAGGCCCCUAAGGGUGACGAGGCUCCUGCUACUGAGGAGGCCAAGCCCGCCGAGCCCGCUGCCGAGGCUAAGAAGGAGGAGCGUCCCAAGAGCCCCUCUCUCCUCGCCAAGCUCCUUGCCCCCUUCAAGGGGGGUGAGAAGAAGGAGAAGGCCGAGAAGAAGCCUAAGGAAAAGCCCGCCAAGAAGACUGAGAAGAAGGAAGAGACUGCUCCUGCGGCCGAUGAGGCUCCCAAGGAGCCCGCCGCUGAGGCUGCUGCUGAGGCCCCCAAGACGGAGGAGGCACCCGCUGCUGAGCCCGUGAAGGAGACUGAGACCGCUGCUCCCGCUGAGGCUGAGGCGCCCGCGGAACCCGCAGCGGAGACCGAGGCUCCCAAGGAAGAGAAGAAGGAGGAGAAGGACGAAAAGAAGGAGGCGGAGAAGAGGGCCAAGAUCGGUCGCCGCUUGUCCGCCCGCGUCGGUGACUUCUUCAAGCCCAAGUCAAAGGCCGAGCACAGCACCCCUCCCAAGGUCGAGGAGAACCCGCCGAAGAUUGAGGAGCCCGCCCCUGUUGCUCCCCUCGAGAACCCUGCUGCCGAGGCCGCUGAGGCUACCCCUGCCCCCGCAGAAGAGCCUAAGGUUGAGGCGCCUCCCGCUGCGCCUGUUGUUGCCGCGGCUGCGUGAGCGUAGCUUGGAAAUCUUCUGUCUACCUUAUGACCGUGACGAGAUUGUGCCAUCUUUCUAAUGUCCCAUCCUCCUGCGUCCCUUAUACCUGCCCGUCUCCGUCCGCAUCCAUGAUAGUGGAUU